AAGUUCAGCCCCGAACCGGACCCAAGGGAGCAGUCUAGCGAACGCAGCCCUAUUCAAACCGCGGCAGACUCCUCCCAGCAAACCCCCCAGAUCCCGACGAGACCACGCCACACCGCGGCGAAGCCCUAGCCUCCGGCCAGCGCCGCCGCAGCGAUGGUGUACUUCGACUCCUGGGACGAGUUCGUUGACCGGUCCGUGCAGCUCUUCCGCGCCGACCCCAUCACCACUCGCUAUUGCAUGAAGUACCGGCACUGCGACGGGAAGCUCGUGCUCAAGGUCACCGACGACCGCGAGUGCUUGAAGUUUAAGACGGAUCAAGCUCAGGAUGCAAAGAAGAUGGAAAAGCUCAACAACAUCUUUUUCGCUCUCAUGACUCGUGGACCUGAUGCUGAUAUAAGCGAGGUUUCAGGGAAGGAACAGGCGGAGCAGCAGCAAUCAAAGAAGGGACGGGGCAGGAGGCAGUAGGAUCGCAACCGGGAGCGAGCGGUGGAUGGAUUUUUUGGUUGACUCCUGUUAGCCAUGUUACAUGCUGUAGUUGUGAAGACAAUGUGGGCCAUCAUUGGAUCCUUUUCCUGGUACAGAACUGCGAAGUACACUUACCCACACAAUCAUGGUUGACGAGACAGUCAAAUCUUUGACCGUCUUUGUGUUUUGUUGAUCAAUCAUGGUUGAUAAGACAAGCAAAUCUUUGACCGCC